CGGGGAUAUUCUGCUAACAUUCGCAACCAAUUCCUACUAAGUCGAUCAAAGAAAAACAUGAGAACAUCUACAGCAUGUGCUUCCUGUCGGUCUCGCAGGAAGAGAUGUAUAUUUCAUGAUAAAGAGACCAUUUGCACUCAUUGUAGGGAGAAGCAACUCGAAUGCACAGGACCACGCAUUGGCAGCCAGCUGGGUUCUCGAUGUGGCCUCUCUGCCCGCUCCGUCGUGGUGCAAAAGUCAACCUCAGCAGUUCCAACUGCGUUGCAUCUCCCGAUCCCCAUUGUCCUUGAGAUAGUCGGACUCUACUUCGACCUCGUUCACGACCAGUUCCAUACGUUAUUCCAUCGUCCAAGUUUCACGGAAUCAGUGGCAAAAGGAACAGCACCACCAGUUCUACUUUAUGCCAUGCUUGCCCUGGCUGCUCGCUUUUCUAUAAACCCUGCUUUCAAGAAUCAUUGUUCAUGGGACCGAAGUAGCGAUUAUGCCAAGAAGAGUGCGCGACUGUUAGACAUCAGAGAUAUGUCCCUCACUACGAUCCAGGCCUGCGUCCUGCUUGGCACCGUAAGUCGAUCCGAAGGAGAUGCAGCAGCUGAGUCAGUGUAUUAUUCGGUGGCCACCCGAAUGGCGAACUUGCUUGACUUGGCCAAAAUGCCCGCCAAUAAUGCUGUUGAACAAGAGGUCAACGUCAGAGUUUGGUGGACGAUCUGGAAACUCGAUACAUGGUCGUCGGCGGGAGUGGGUUUACCGAGACAAAUGAUUGAAAAGAACGAAGUCCCAUUACCCCUCGAAGAAGGAUUUUUCCUCAGUCUUCGCGUUGACAAUACCCGAGAAUUCAAUGCUGGAGUAUCCUCGGACGGGUUCUUGUCACUCUUCACACAGAUGAUCAUUCUGAAUCGGAUUUUGAUAGAGAUCAACGACUUCCACAAGUUUUUAAUCAGUGGCUCAGGGUCUGCAAUCAACCUGGACCAGCACGAACAAACGAUUCUACACCUCUCUCACAAGCUCGAGACUUGGCACUCGUCCUUGCCUCCUCAUAUGCAGAGAACACCCGAGAAUCUGCGUAUCUAUGGCAGCCAAGGUCUAGGUCGAGUUUUCGUCGCUGUCCAUCUGGGGUACUUUCAUUUUGGUCAACUCCUCUUCUAUCAGUAUCUCCACGAAUAUCAGCAUUCGGUAUCCGAUAAAAGCACGAUUCAAGAGUAUGCGAUGAAUUGUAAGUCAUUCUCAUCGGCGCUCUGUGACCUCGUCGAAGAAGCCCACCGGACACCUGGCUGCAAUGUUCUAUACACAAUGGUCGGACAUAACCUAGUCGUCGCCUCCACCGUUCAGAUCCACACUUUGCUCUUCAGCGAAUCUGAAACUGAGAUCAAAGAAGCAAGAACGCGAUUGGAAAAGAACUUCGAGCUUCUGCUACAACUGAGAAAUUUCUGGCCUGUCCUUGAGAUCAGUUUCGAGGCUUUGCGAACAUUUAGGGAGGCUUGUCGAAGAAACAUGGACACGGCUUUCAAGAUGGAUGCUUGGAUGUUGAGAUUCUUAUAUGGAUUUGCAAACAAGGUGGAGGAUAAGCAAGUUUAUGAAAUGGCUGCUGGCGGUACUUGGCCAGUGGAAAAUAUUGGUUUCAGUCCAAGUGAGUGGAUUGACUGAGUAUCGGGCAAAAUCCCGCGUAUUUCAGGAAUGAAACCACACAGACUUGGAGGCCAGCUUUGAUUCACGUCUUCACUCUACGGCAGAAAUAUUUCGGUACAACAUCAGCACCGUGAUGACCAGUUUCAAAUAGCCCCUCAGAUUGAGUUCCAAACACCUACAUAAUCAACUUCCAUUGCAACAUCUGGUCCAUCCACAGUUUGCGCAUUCGGAGGACCUGGCCAAUUCCCACCAACCGCAACGUUCAACAAAAUAAAAUGCUCAUCAUAAGCUAACUUCUCCCAAGCCGCUUUGUUUCCAACUCUUGUACCAUUCACUUGACCAGCCGCAUCAGUCACAGUUCUAUCAACCAAGAGGCUUACGGUAUGAAAUGCUCCUCUAGAGAAAGGAGCGAUACGACCUCCGAUCCCAUUAUUUUCGUUGCACGGUCCGCCGGGAGUCGUGCCACAAUGUGCAGUCGUAUGAAUGACCGAUUCGCCGUUGAUGACUUCGAGAAUAUCCCAUUCUGUCACAGCUGGCCAGUUCCAAUAAUUUCCUCUGAAGUCUUUCCCGAUCGCCCAGAACGCAUUCCAGAUUCCUUUUUGUUGAGAGGCUGGAGCUGUGCCGAGCUUGAUACGAGCUUCGAUCAACAAUUUUCCUCCAGGAGCAGCGGCGAAAGAGUUUUGAGUCUCGAUGCGAGCUGAGGUCCAUGAUCCAGAGUCGAGGCGGGGAGUGAUUGUCAAUGUAUUGUCGUCCGUGAUGCGAAUGUUGUCUACCGAGUCUGAGUAACUCUGGAAUUCGUUGUUACCCCAUCGUGAUGGUCCUCCAGGGUAUGAAGUUCCGAGUUGGACAAUCCAGUCUGAAUCGGAUACAAGCGAGCCACUUGGGCCCUCGAAGUCGUCUAGAAACGUCUGGGUGUAUCCAGGUUUGAUAAAUGCGAUAUCGGUGAGAUUGGAUCGGAUCUUAGGCUGUAUUGACAUUGCCUUGGCGGAAAUGGCAGCGCUCGUUACGAGAAUGAGUAGGCAGAAGAACAUUGUGAUGCUUGAUUGGGAAAUGAGAGGUGUGUGAACGAAAGUUUGCAUGAGAAAAUCUCAGAGCGACUUUUACCGGAAGUGCGAAGGUUGGUAGCAUUUGUAGAAUUUAAAAAAAGAAGGGACACAUUGUGUACCUCGUCUGUACCGAGAAAGUCGUGGUAAGCGUAAGCCGGGUAAAGUGGUCCCCAUGUCAAUAUUGUUUUCUGUAGGUAUGCUUGGUCAAUCUGACUGCAUAGCUUGUUGAACUUGCAUUCUAGAAAUAGC